GACAAUGAUAAAACCGACACUGAGGUGAAAGUGUGCAUAGGUACAGAUAUAAGUCCAGAAGAGGAGGCAGAGGUACAGAAAAAUGAUGUAAUGACACUGGAAGAUCAUCCAAUGACCGAUAACAUUGAAGAAACUGAGUUAAAGGAAGAAGAUGAUAAAAUGCAGCAUGAAGAUAAUCAAGUUUUAGAAUCAGAAGCCUGUGAUGUUAUGCUACAGCUGGACUCCCAAAAUGUAAUCAAGUCAGAGGAGAAAACAAGUCAAGCUGAAAAUCAGCUCUCAGCUUUUGGAGACAAGCCAGAUACAUCAGUGGAUAUGCUCACUGUUAUCACAAAAUCUUAUGCAAUGACUCAUAGCAGUGAAAAUGAUAACGGUGAGAAAGAGAAGUGGGUUGAGACAGAGCGGCCUGCCGUCAACGAGACAACAGAAGUGCCAGAAGACACUGAAGGAGAAAAUCUUUUAACUGAAUAUGAUUUAUCCGGUAAAGAAGCUGCACUGAAGACUGCUUCACAGCUGCACACAGCUGGAUUCACAGAUAAAUACGAGGAGGAUAUGAGAGUCCCAGGAGUGCAGACCAAAACUAGGCAGACCGGUGUGACAGUAACAGAUAUUUCAGCAGAAGAGAGACUCAUUGAUCAAGACCAAGAAAAAGAGGAGAGCGUCUCCAGUGAAUCCUACACUGGAGAAUUUUACAACGAAAUUAUAGAUUCAAGCACCUCAGUUACAGUAAAGCCCAAAGGCGAGACGACGCAGGAAACGGACGAAGAAUUUAAAAACACUCUCCCGGGGAUCAGUGAAGGCCAGUGUGCCGUGCUGCAGGAACUAAAUACUCCAACGUGUGAGGAAAUUCAAGAGGGAGUUUCCAAAUAUAACAAUGAGCUUCAGGGGGCCGGUGAAAAUACAACACAAAGGUUCCUGGAAGCAGGAGAUUGUGAGGAAAUCCCGGCAACUCAAUUACCAGAAGAGGUGGAGAGCAGAGAUCAGGAGAGCCUUGAAAACAGUGGCUGCAGGACUGGAGCUGACUAUUUACUGCUGAAGGAGUCCAUGGAAGAGAAACAAGAAAGCAAAGACGAGACUGAGACGAGCUUUGGUUUGUUUGUGGAGGAGCACGAAGGAACACCGGACCUUGAACUAGAGGCAGAGAGAAAGCUUGUUGAAGGAGUAAUUCAAGAAUCGGGACUUGACAAAGAAGAAGGAAAAUUACUGACAAGUUCAAUGAAGACAGAGGUGACUGGAACACAUGUUGGUUUAGUGGACGAGACUGAAAGGAGAUCAGAAGGGCUGCAUGAUGGUGGCAGAGGAUCUACAGGAGGUGAAACAAGAGAAGCGGUUGCAGCAGCAGAAGUGGUUGGAUUGGUCAUUCAGGAGUCAGUAGCAGCCAUAAAGUUGGAUCAAAGCAUCAGCAGGCCGUUAAGUUUACAAGAAGACACGAGUGAGUAUGGGUUUGUGAGACCCUUAGCUGAAACUGAGCCUAUAUCAGUUGAUGAUAGCUCUGUUGAAAUGCAAGAUAAAGCCAUUGAAAGAGAAGGAAGGGGUUGUGAAGAUGAAGAGGAGGAAGCAGAAAAUGGAAUCCAGACCUUAAAUGAAAUGGAUCUACAGAUAACUAAAGAAACUGCAGGUGAGCUAAUCACAGAAAUAGGAGACAAAGAGAUUCCUCUGAAUGCAGUAUUGGAAAUAUCUCAACACUCUGAGACUCAGGAGAUAAACAAUCAGUCGCCACACAGAGCACUUGAGAUAAGUGAGACACAAAUAAUAGUAGCUGAAACAGCUGACGAGCCCAGACCAGAGGAUUUGCCAGUGACGUCAUCAGAGGGAAAAGGUGGUUCAGUCAGUGGACAUCAAGACGUAAUUGAUGAAGAAAUCCUUGACUUGUGGAUUGAGGCGGUGAUGUCAGAGGACACUGAUGAGAUUAAACAAGAAGAGCCCAAGCCAGGGCAGCUAUUGGACACCAAAACAGACACUUUAAAUGAGGGUGAAAUAUCAACAGAGAAUGAGAAAGUGUCACUAGCAGAGGCCAUUAGUAGGGAAUCUGAGGCAGUAAGUGACACAGAAAUGUCUUCAUCAACUGUGGAGUCUGGAUUUUUGGACCAGUUUCUCAGCGAAUCGUGUAUUCAGAGUAGUGAGACUCAGCUGCUGAAAUCAACGAGCACUGACUCACUCCAGGGGAUCCAUGAGCUGGUGGCUAGCGUGUCCACAGACAUCUUUGGUGUUAUCGCACAGCCUCAAACUCAGGACUUACUGACAGAGGAAUCAGCCGAGACAGAGAAAGAAUCGGUCGCUGAUAUAGAAGCUCAAUCACAUCUGAACCAGGAAUCUCAAGAAAAAGCAGAAGAAAGAGCUGAAACAUUAGAGACUGAAAGUGGAUCAGAGAAAGCGUAUGAGGAUGUUGAAGAAGCAGAUGUAACAACAAUGACAACACAGAGCUCUCCUUCGCAUGACAAGAAGGUAGAAGCUGAGGAGGAGCAUCUUGAGGUAACCGCGUCUGAUUCUUCAGAUGAACUCAAACCCGCUGAGUCUGAAGAAUCUGAAAGUGACUCACAAAGUGAACCUGAGAAGGACACACUGAACUUGUCCUCACUGAAUAGACCACAGCCUGCACAUUCUUUCUUAUUCCCUGUGCUAAACGAGGCCCAGGUAGCCGAAGAGCCAACAAUCAAAUAUGAGAAUAAGGUGGAUGGCCCUGUGCUGGACUUUGCUGUGCAAAGGUCACGAAUUGCUGUUAAGAACCCUCGUGUAAGGCCACCUAAAAAUCCCCGCUCCCUGCUCCAUAUGCCCUCGGAGGAACCCACACCCACACCUACACCAUCUUCACGUUUGCCGGUCAAACUCCCUGGAGGUGUGCCUUUAGGAGGCAUAGGUAUUGGAAUAAAACUCCCUGGGCUCGGUGCUGGAUUUCCUGUUUUAAAAAAGACACAGCGGGCAGUGAGAGAUGAAAAUACCCAGGAAACAGUGUCACAGGCACAGGGAGUCUGA